AUGAGCACGGAAUCUGAAUUGCAGGCUAAAUACGAUGCCGCCGUCAAGCGCUAUGAAGCUGCUGCACAGGCCGAGACAGCUGCUAAGAAGGAAAGGGAUGAGAAAGAGGCUUGGGUACGGAAAACACAGAAGGGCACCAAACAAUAUUAUCUCGCUUGGGCAGAAAUAAACAAGGCAGAAAUAGCAUUUACUGAAAAGGUUGAACAAAGGUAUGCUGCUGAGUAUAAGAGAGAUUUGUGCUAUGCAGACUGGAUGAAAUACAGGCACGGGUCUGACUCCAAGGAAGCGCAAAUAGCUCAGCAUCGUGCAGAGUUGUCUCACACAAUGGAUUUGGUUCACAGUGGAAGCUCUCCAUAUUGGAUAAAAUGGGACAAGUUGUGUCGUAAAGCCGAGUGGGUGUGGAGUCAGCUCAAGGCAGAAGGUUAUGACAACGUCGCGGAGAAGCUCAGAAGCGCAAGAGAAGUGUUUUGUGAUCGUAUAAAAGAAGAAGCCAAUGGUAAAACCUUUCGCAAUACCCGAAAUGCAGCCUUAGUAGCGUUGAAGAAAUGGGAGCAAGGUGAUGAUCGUGCAGCCUGGGAUAAGGGAAAACCAGUGUACGACGCUGCGUUAGCCAAGUGGAAUGAGUUCAAACCCAAAGGUGAACAAUACGCGGAGGAGUUGGAGAAUGAAAUAUGUGAAUGUGCGAAAACAUCUUUAACAGUGUACGCUAUUGUAAGUCAUUGGGAGAGUAGUGCGUUGAAGAAUGACCUCGGUCAAAAAAGUCAAACGAUUGAUGAUUUAAAUGAUCAACUGGACCACAAGGAUGAUGACACCGCUGCAUUGAAGAAUGAACUGCACCAAAAGAGUCAAGAAAAUAAAGAGCAUCGCACAUGGAUAGGACCGUUGAUGCACACGAAUCAAACAUUGAACAAUUCGCUAUGUAAACAGGUUGAAAGAUCCGAUGCUUUCCAACAUCUCAUACUAGGGGAAGAGUCUCAAAAUUGGUUGGAAGGAAAGACGUCUUCGCAUGCAAAUUUGGUGAAUUGGAUCCAGAAAAAAAUUGCCAAAAUGGCAGCGUUGUAA